UGCGGGGAGUGUCAAUGCUGCCGAGUGACUCCGCGGGCUGCGGUUUUUUUAUAUGCAGUAUUAUAAAGAGGAUUUUUCUAUAGUUUACGGAUUAUAUAAGUGGAGAGAAUUUGUGACUGCCUUUUUUUGUUUCUUAAUUUUUUUCUUCAGAGCUGCGUUUUUUAUCUGCUGCAUACUGGAUUUUUGCUCUGUUUGGAUUACACGCGCACCGAGGAAGCAGGACUGCGCCUAGUCAACUCAACCUGAGCCGCGAUCGGGAAGGAGGCCGUCAUGAACAAACUGCGCCAGAGCCUGCGAAGGAAGAAGCCGUCCUAUGUGCCCGAGGCCAGCCGACCGCACCAGUGGCAGGCAGAUGAGGAGGCUGUGCGAAAGGGCAAAUGCAACUUCCCUGUACGGUACUUGGGCCAUGUUGAGGUGGAUGAGUCUCGAGGGAUGCACGUCUGCGAAGAGGCUGUUAAGAAACUCAAAACUAUGGGGAAGAAAUCGGUGAAGGCGGUUCUCUGGGUUUCCGCAGAUGGCCUGAGGGUCGUGGAUGACAAGACCAAGGACCUCAUAGUUGACCAGACCAUUGAGAAAGUAUCUUUCUGUGCUCCUGAUCGGAACUACGACAAAGCCUUCUCCUACAUCUGCCGAGAUGGCACCACGCGCCGCUGGAUCUGCCACUGCUUCAUGGCCGUCAAGGACUCGGGAGAGCGGCUGAGCCAUGCUGUGGGCUGUGCCUUUGCCGCCUGUCUGGAGCGCAAGCAGAAACGAGAAAAGGAGUGCGGAGUGACGGCCUCCUUCGACGCAAGCCGCACCAGUUUUGUCCGAGAGGGUUCAUUCCGGGUGACCUCCAGUUCCCAGCAGAGCGGAAAUGAAGAGGUCGCCAAACAGAUGCCUGACAAGAAGAAAGAGAUCUCCACCACUUGCACCCCACUGCCCCUGGAUAAUGGCUCACCCCCCGAAGGGGCUGCAUCCCCUGUUGACAAAUCAGAAGGGGGUUACCAGCAUGCCAUCCCACGCCGGCACGCACCCAUCGAGCAGCUUGUGCGGCAGGGCUCUUUCCGAGGGUUCCCAGCGCUCAGCCAGAAGAAUUCACCAUUCAAGAGACAGCUCUCCCUGAGGCUUAACGAGUUGCCAUCCACACUGCAGCGCAAGACAGACUUCCAAGUGAAAAAUCCAGUGCCCGAAAUGGAGUCUGUCCCAGCCACUGAAGCAGACAGCAUUAAUGCCCUCUGCUACCAGAUCAACAGUUCCUUCACCAAACCAUCCGAGGAUUCCUUUGCCAAAUCUGCCACCAGCAAUGGUUUACCCCCACCAGCUAUUCCACCGCCUCCUGGAGCUUCACCUGCUCUCCAUCCUGCUCUCCCACCUGCUCCUGGAGUUUCACCAGCUCUUCCUCGCCCUUCAGGACACAACCAAGGCACCGCUGGAUGGGGCAUGGAGCAAGUCACCCAGUCACCACCCACCUUCCAGAUGGGACACAAGAGGACACCAUCAGAGGCAGAGCGCUGGCUAGAGGAGGUAGCAAAGUCUGUCAAAGUGCAACAGCCUGCAUCUCAGGUGCCGCCCAACAUGCCAGCCAUGCCAGCAGCACCUAUCUCAAUCCCGACAGCCAUGCAGCCCUUCCCGAUGGCCUUUGACAACGCUCCUGUAGCCACUAGUAUGUUUGCACCACCCCCCAUGCAACCUGCCUACGUUCAGAUGCAGCCCUACAUGCCCGCUCUGGCCAACAGCAUGACCUAUCCCACAGCCAGUGUACCAAUUGUUGGCAUAACACCUUCCCAGAUGGUGGCAAAUGUCUUCUGUACGGCAACCCAGAUACAGAGUUCUGGAGCAGGGAAGAUGGCUGGGGGGCAACAUUUCCCUCAAAACUUCACUCCUGCCAGUGCCGGCGCUGUCACAACGUCCAGCAGUUUGCAGUUUUCUAACCCCGGGCUCGUCAAUGGGAUUACCUCAAAUAGCCACAAUGCAACCAGUAAUGGAUCAGCUUGGCCUCCCAACCUCAAGCAGCUGGCCGUUGGCGGUGGUGGCUCUCAAGAGAUCGACCAGUUUGAAGCACAGUGGGCAGCACUGGAAUCCAAAUCACAACAGAGGGCAGCCAACCCUUUCAAUAAUGACCUGCAGAAGACUUUUGAGAUCGAGCUCUAGGAAGGAUUGAAUUGGAAAUACACUAAAACAACAUUGGAAAGAAAACAAACUGCCAUUUUUGUGAUCCGUUAUUAUAUUUUCUGUUACUGUUGUGUUUUUUUUUUUGCAUUUAUGGGGUGAAAAAAAGACAGAGAUGGUACAGAGUUGAUUAUGGGUUAGCCAACAUUCACCCCAGGGCUGCAGGAAUCGGCAGAAGUCCAGCACUCCUUUCAUAGCCUGUGACCUUCUCUGACACCCACUGGAGGCCGAUCUCUUGUCUGCCAAAGGCAUCCUGCCUACUUGCCCCAUCAAGGGGGCCUUGGCACAGCAUGGAAAAAUCCAUUUGGAUUUCUUUUAUGAGGCAAAGUCUCCCUGACUUUAUGUCUUGAAAACUGGACAGACACCUUUUUAAAACUAUAUAUAAUAUCUAUUUAAAUCAUCUCUGUUUGUUGCCAUCUAUCUAUCCAGUCCUAUUUCUAACCCGUCUGUUCCAAUACAGGGUUGCGGGGGUGGAGCCUAGCCCGGCAGCAUCAGGUACAAGGCAGGAAUCAAGCAGGUAAACACAUUUUCAUACUCUGAUUGGUUCUUUCCAGCCAUCUUCAUCUGCAGCAAAUGAUUACACUGUUGGGUCCAAAUUAACAGACCAAAAUGAUGAACCUUUGUGACCAGAUGACCAGAUUAUAAAAGAAAAAAAAGUUAUGUCUAUUAUUAUUAUUAUUAUUAUUAUUAUUGUUAUCGACUCACCCCAUUCUGAGAAGGGGGAAAAACAAGUCUAAAUGAGUAGGCCAAGCUGCAGAUUCCCAACCUUAUGACUAUUAAUUAUUAUUAUAAGAACAUUUUUCUUUCCAUCAAAGUGAUGUCUCACCAUUGAAUCCUCAGAAGACAUACCUGCAGGUGAUUCCACAUGUUUCUCAUUGUGGGUGAGGCUUGACACCCCCAGCCUCACCCACCGACCGUAUCUCUUCCACCACCUCCUCCUCCUCUUCCUCCUUGUUUCUUCUGGCAGCACCUUCACUAACAUCCAACCCUGCAGCACCCAAGUCACCUGUCCACUUGAGCUUCAGUCACACAUGGUCAUGGCGAUCUUCUUCAGCCUCUGCAAGGACUUGCACACAAGCUUAAUGCAUAUAGCGCCUUGGCUUGAUUAACAUGGGGGGGACGUAUUCAUAUGUGGGUGUAUUUUAUUUUUAAUUACAUUUAUUUUGCUUUUUUCCCUAAACAAAUGCCCAGGAGGGUAAGGUACAAGUAAGUGAAUACUGAGAUUAUGUCUUUAUACCCCCACCAACAAAUAUGUCAUAUUUAAUAGUAGAUUUCUGCAUGUCAUCUGUUUUUAAUCCGCUUAAACUGGACUCCAUACCCCCAGUGCUCCAAUUUUGCAUUCGCUUGUUUACCUUUGCCGACAUUUUUAUGCAAAACAAUUUACAAAUCCCAUUCUCAAAGUGUGUCAUUGAUUUCACAAUUUACACACUGGCAUGGCAGAUGAUUCACUCAGGGUCAUACAAGAAACCAGUGCUGUGGCCUGGUCAUUUUAUAUAGCACCUUUCACAUUGAAUACCAUGCCAGGUGUCUGUUGUGUCAGGUCAAGUGACUUGCCCAGUGUCUACACAGCUGUCAGUGCUGACGACUAAUCCGGUGGCAUAAUAUUUUAUACCACACACCUUAUUUUAUGCAGUCACAUCCCAAAUAAGUCCGUUGUUUCCUUGUUCUGACAAUGUAAUAAACUCCCCAUUGAGGUCACUUAGCACUUUGCAUUAAUCUUCUAUAAUACCAAUAUUACUGUACAUGGCGCCAUUUUUUGUAAGCACUGCCCCCAGCCACUUCAAGUGUACCCUCAACACUUGUUUCAGUGUUUAUACAAUGGGAGUAUUGCCUGGUGAAGUUACCAGCUAAGGGUCAUGUAGUGUGUGGACCGGUGACCUUGUGACGUAUAGUACACACAUUGUAUAUAGUGCCUUUCAUCAUCCAAGGGCACUUGACAUGUAGCGUAGUAUAUUGUAGUUUUAAACUCUUGGAGGGUAAGCGGGUUGAUUAGCAUCAGGUCACGGUGGAGGCCGAACCUGCGAGCCACAAUUCUUAAUGUGAAAAGCAAACCAUGAGACCCUGCAGGUGCCGUCCUUCUGAUUUUCAUAUCUCUGCAACACAAAAAGUCAAAACUGGAGCCACUUGCUUAGGUUCACAUAGUGACAGAGAUUGAACCUGCGCGUUUGUGAUCUACUGUACACAUUUUCAUAGGGAGCCUUUCACAGUGAACACCGUGCCAUGGAGCCAUACAGACAGCUGUUAUUUCUGUAUUUCUACAGCGUGAGUGCGGGCACCUGGGGAGUUGGAGAUUUGGACUGAACCUGAAACUUUAUAAUUUACUCUACAUCUAUUUUUAGAUGACGCCUAUCACUGCAACACUUUAUAUUUCAAAGAGUAAGACGUCAGUGGUGGUAAUGGAGCAAAAGUUUUAUUUUACGCUUUUCAGGAAAAACCAUGUUUGUGGUACCUCUCACUGCAAAAAUAUUAGAGUUAUACUACAAUAAGAGACGAUUUAGAAACUGAUUUACAGUAUAAGCCUUCUUUUAUAUAGCACCUUUCACCACAACAUUUUCAAGGUCUCAGAGAAAAAAGUCAGCAGUGUUGUUUGAGCAAGCGUUUUAUGCGGUGCCUUUGUACGGUGGGCACCAUCUCAUGGCAUUUAAUAUGUACCUGACAAGACAGUCCUCAAGGGGACUGGCAGGUGACAAGCUCAGGGUAAAGGGAAGGACUGCAAGCAUUUCCGUUUUAUGACGUCGUGUGUGGGUGUGUGUUGGGGUGAGGAGGUGCUGUUCCUUUAGGGCUUUGGUGGGAUUCUGGGACGUGUUCUUCUGAGGUUAAUGAGUUGGGCGCUGUGUUAUUUUCGUCUUUGUUUCUGUAGCACUCCAUAAUGUUUUGGGUUAGUGGUCACAUACACUUUAAAACACAUCUGGGUUAAAAUGAACUGUUAUUAGCACUGUGACUUGAAGAGAUACACGCCAACGCUAACAGGCUGUACUAAACUCCUAAUGCCAAAUAUUAGCUAAAAAUCACUUUUAUUUAAGUCUCCAUACUCAGGACCGGGUGGGGCUUGGGAGGGGCUGGGGAGUCUCCGGUUGGCUGUAUUCAACAUUACCAACUGAAAUCCAGAUGUGUUUUAAAAGCAAAGUUAUGAGGAUCAUUUCCAACUUUAUGGUGCUUUUUAGGUUGGUAAUUUUUCAUAAAUAACUUAAUUAGGAGAAGAGAGAAUGUGUGUGUGUGCCCCCCAUGAUGAACUGGUGUCCCGUCUUAGGUCGGUUCCCGCUUUGUGCCCAAUGGCUGCUGGCAUAGGCUGUGCCUCCGAACCUUGAGUUGGAUUAAAUGGGUUGAGGCUAUUCUGCUACUUUAUUGAUCGGGCAUGUAGCUCACUUCAUUAUUCACAAGUGCUUCCCAUUAGUCACUAAUUGCUGAAGAAGACAUGGAAAUCUAUCUAUCUAUCUAUCUAUCUAUCUAUCUAUCUAUCUAUCUAUCUAUCAUAUUGUGCCCUUCUUUA